AUGCCAAAGGCAGUGGCCAAAAAGGACGUCUCUCCAGACAAUGAUCCCCCAGUUUCAAAGCGCAAGCCCAGAGCCCCCGCGCCAGUUGAAGAUGAAGCCAAGGAAAAGCGCCAGAGAGGAAAAGACGGGUGCCUUACCUGCCGGAUGCGAAGAAAGUCGCGGCGAAACGUGGUCUGGGCCUCCCUCGGUACCGAUGUUCUGAUUGCAUCCAUUUACCACCAGAAAUGCGAGACUCAACGAAGUCCCGAUGGCUCAUGUUACACCUGCACCCGUCUGAACUUGGAUUGCUUGGGCUUUGGCAACAAACGCCCUGACUGGAUGAGAGACAAAGCUCGUUUAGAGCAUGAGCGCCAACUUAUCAAAAAUCGUCUUGUCGCCCAAGGUCUCGUGCGAGGCGUGCACAAAUCCGAGACUGGAGAAGCGAUUUCGGUGCGCAGAAGGAGGCCACGCAGACCAAAGUCUCCGGAAUCCUCGACUUCCAGUGAGCCAAAGGAACAGACGAAGACGCCUUACCUAAGGCGGCCAAGCACCCCUUCGUCUUCGGAUGAGGUAGCCCCUCCCCCAACCGUUGUCCCUGAUAUCUCAAACGGGGAGAGUGUCCGCGUUGAUCCUUCUCAUAACAUCGAACUCCCAUCCACCACCGAAUCGCCAAUAUCCCCGACAACGACUUUCACAUCCUGGAAUACGACUGAUGCCUCUGAUCAUCCUACCAGCCCCAUUACAUCUCCCGAAGUGCGGACGAGCUUAAUGCCUCAAGAGCUAGACGUUAGCGCUGCAGAUUCAGGGGGGGUUAUAGGAAUUGGUUCUAGUGUGGUGAACGACCCAUACGGUUCUUUGGAAGGCCUAGUACCUUUCAUGCCAGCUGAGAUUCCUGCGAUCCCCAAUACCUAUGACAGCUACUCGGCUGUGACGAAUGACUACUUCUCCGACAUGACUCGACAGUUCCAGAUGCUUGUCGAAUGGGGACUCGAUCCCCAAGUGGCCGCGGCAAUGGUGACCCAGAGCUUGGAGGGUCCGUCUUCUUACAACGACUUCUCCGGCUUGAUCGCAUUCAACCAUGUCCCCAAGAUCCGCUGCUUGGUGCCUCCGACUCCAUUGGCCGAAAAUCAAGAGGACCUCAUCUUCUAUUACUUUUCGCGCGUAUCUCAGAUGCAGUACAUUUACGAUCGUACCUCGGUCGAUACAAUGCAUUCGUUCAUCACUAGAAACCCUCACGGGUCUGUUGCCAGUGCUAUUAUCGCUUUGUCGUCAUUGCAUGAUGCACGGAUGCGCGCUGCUGAAGGGGGCAUAAUUGGCCAUUUGCGCACGUCCAAUUCCCAUGACCUCUAUUUCAAUAGGGCGCAGAACGAACUUAAUUCGAUAGUUAAAAGUGGCCGUUCCUUGACCGAAGCGGAGGCCACUGCAGCACUCCAUUUGAUCUCCUGGUGGCUGUUCCAAGGUGGCUGGCAAGGGGGGAAAAGCGGGGGUUCAGGCUGGCUUGAAGCCCUCGACGUAGCGUGCGAUUGGUAUGAGAAGAAUAGCGGCAUCUUGAGCAGUGGUCCAGAGCCGCUCAAGACGAUAUACAAACUAAAUCCUGAAGGUCGUUUUGCUGCCCGAACAACCAUGUGGAUGGACAUUUUCUCGGGAAUAACACUUCUUCGCCCGCCGCGGUUUUCUCGCUUGUAUGAGCACCUGUUAAACUAUUCCCCCGGUCAAUCAGACUUCUUCCUGUCAACGAACGGAUGCUGUGAUGAGGUCAUGUUUUGCCUCUCAGCUAUAGUCAACUUGGAGCACAACAAGUACCACGAUGAGCUCAGCACUAUGGAGCCUUACGAUCGUGAAGUUGCACAUAGCGAUUUUAUCCUUCGCUCGCACAAACUUCGCAAACAACUCCUCUCGAUCGAUUGCUCAACUCAGCCCAUCUCACCCUUUAUUGAGCUUUCGAUGGAGUCAUCCUCCUCUUCUGCAUACCCUUUCACUCAUAGCAAUCCCAACGUGCCCGACACGUAUCCUACUUCCGAAAUCUUCCGGCAGGCCGCACUUUUGUAUUUGAGCACGGUCACUUCCGGAUACUCCCCUUCCGUGUCGCACACCCAAGACGCUGUCGCAGCCCUAAAGCUAUCAUUGGAAGCUGUGCCAUUCGACAUGGUAAACAAGGUCGACAGAAGCCUAGUUUUUCCGAUCUGCCUCGCUGGAUGCAUGACAGAUGAUCUAAAUUUACGUACGUUCUUUGGUGGACGACUGAGAAGUCUAGGUAACACGGUGGGGAACACCAUUACCGCGCUCCAGUUGAUGGAAGCUGUUUGGGGCAUGAGGGACUCAACGGGUGAGGCUGUGGCUUGGAGGGAUGUGAUGAACGAGAUGAAGUUCGAGUUGUUGAUGGUUUGA